CGGCCAGUACCCGCGAGACUGCAAAUUCCCUUGUAAGGACAUCUACCAACCUGUCUGUGGCACUGACGGCGUCACGUAUGAGAACAACUGUACUUUGUCAAGGUUGAACUUAUCAACCUGUAACGAACUCACCUUCUGCCCACUGGGCUGUCCUAGGAUCUUUGACCCCGUCUGUGGAUCUGAUGGCAGAAACUACAGCAAUUCUUGUGUGCUGAGAGCUUCCAACUGUGAAAGGUCCCC